CUCCCAGCCGCACCAGGCUGGCAGGAGCCUCUUUUCUAUUUCGACGCCUGACAUCGCGGCCGAAUCAUGGGAGUGUCCAUACGCUCAAAUACCCAAGGACCUCAAGCAGAAGAAAACCAGCACAAUGCCGUUGCGACAGCUCUGGCCCGAUCCCAAGAGCUCGGCCGGCGAAUUUGCCAAGGUCGACAUUAUCGCUGUCCAUGGUCUAAAUCCUCGAAGCAAGAAAGACGCCGACCACGCCUGGGAUACAUGGCGCACCCCUCCAAGGCCGGAUGGCCGCUUAUGGCUCCGCGACGAUCUCCCCGAAUACAUCCCCGACUCGCGAAUCUUCCUAUACGAAUACAACGCGGCGGCAGUCUACGGGAAUGACCAGGAUACAUUCGUCGGUAAAGCGAACGAACUGCUCGAGGCGAUCCGAAUCAAGAGGGACAAUAUCGAGGCUCGACCGAUUCUGCUGUUGGGCCACAGCAUGGGCGGAUUGCUGAUCAAGCAGGCGCUGAUCAACGCGCACAAUAACCGAAAGUAUACACCAAUCAAGGAUGCGACCACAGGGCUGGCGUUCUUUGCCACCCCACACAAAGGCGGAGACUGGAAGAUGGUGAGCCUGGGAAGCAUAGCGGCCAAGAUUGCAACUGCAGCGGGAUUCCAAAAAGGGGACAAUGUAUUGGAGACACUAGACAGAGGCAGCAUCUUUUCAGAUAUCUUGCAAGAACAUUGGAGACACCAGUUAUUGGAAUAUGAUAUCAUUUCUUUUUGGGGUGCUCUGGACAAUGUUGUUCCGGUGGACAGUGCGCGGCUGGGAUUGCCGGGGAACCGUGAAAAUAUUGUGAAGCUGAACGCGGACCACGGAGGGGUUUGCAGAUUUGGGGAGAGCCAAACAGAUCGAGACAACUUCGAGUUGGUGUCUUUCAAUAUCAGAGAGAUAUACAAAAAUGCACUUAAAAACUGUGAGUUGAACGCUACCCUUUCUACUAUGAAUCGGUAAUGGGGACUGUAAUGGAGGUUAUGCUUGAGAAUACACUCAAGGAUACGAUAUCAAAUAGAUGCGGCUAGUUCGAUGAUAAUAUACUGCGUUUUGC